GGUUGGCCACUUGGCCCCUCUUGUUGCUGAGUCUUGUCCUUCAAUUUCGGGAAGAGUUUCUUUUAUUCUUUCAGUUUUAGUUUCAGUUUUCAGAUCUACAAACCCCAAUCUAUCUUCCAUGAUUUUAGUUUUGCUUUGUUAGUCUCGGAUAUGUCGUAGAAUAGUCCAACCAAACACAAAUAUCAAAGGUUGCAACUUGCUACAGUUCUCAACUUUGAACACCAAAAACCGCAGGUUCUACUCCAAUUGGAAGAGAUGGGGUUCCAAGAAAACGGGAAUGGGGAAAUGGGGUUGUCUGGAAUUCCCUUGGGAGCAAAGAACAAGUAUAAGAGGAUGAACUCUGAGCUCCCUGAAGAUAAUGAUGAUGUUUUAUUCCAACAGCAACAGGAAGAUAGGAGGAACAGUACUAGGAGAUAUGUUCUUGCUUGUGCCAUAUUUGCUUCUCUCAACAAUGUUCUUCUUGGCUAUGAUGUUGGUGUGAUGAGUGGAGCUGUUAUAUUUAUCAAAGAAGAUCUGAAGAUAUCUGAGGUUCAGGUAGAAUUUUUGGUGGGUAUUCUGAGCAUUGUUUCUCUACUGGGUAGCCUUGGUGGUGGAAGAACAUCAGAUAUCAUUGGUAGAAAAUGGACAAUGGCUUUGGCUGCAGUCGUAUUCCAAAUGGGUGGAGUCACAAUGACUCUUGCUCCUUCAUAUGAUGUACUAAUGAUUGGAAGAUUUCUAGCUGGGAUUGGAAUAGGGUUUGGAGUUAUGAUCUCCCCUAUAUAUAUUGCUGAGAUAUCACCAAACCUGAAUAGAGGCUCUCUUACUACCUUCCCAGAGAUUUUUAUAAAUGUAGGAAUUAUGCUAGGUUAUGUAUCAAAUUAUGCAUUUUCUGGCCUUUCUGCACACAUAAGUUGGAGAAUAAUGCUUGCUGUAGGGAUUCUGCCCUCCGUGUUCAUUGGCUUUGCCCUUUUCAUUAUUCCCGAGUCACCCAGGUGGUUGGUAAUGCAGAACCGAGUUGAAGAAGCAAGAUCAGUGCUGUUGAGAACAAAUGAAGAUGAUAAAGAAGUGGAGGAGAGGCUUGCUGAGAUACAGCAGGCUGCUGGAUUUGCCAAUUCUGACAAGUAUGAGGAUAAACCGGUCUGGCGUGAACUUCUAUUUCCUUCUCCUGCUCUUCGCCGGAUGCUAAUCACUGGACUUGGAAUUCAGUGUUUUCAACAGAUCUCAGGAAUCGAUGCAACUGUGUAUUACAGUCCUGAAAUUUUCCAAGCAGCUGGGAUUGAGGAUAAUUCAAAACUUCUAGCUGCUACUGUUGCUGUAGGCAUAACAAAGACUAUUUUCAUUUUGGUAGCCAUCAUUCUCAUUGAUAAACUAGGAAGAAAACCCCUUCUCUUGAUAAGCACAAUUGGGAUGACAGUGUGUUUGUUCUGUAUGGGGGCCACUCUUUCAUUAUUUGGACAAGGGUCAUUUGUGAUUGCAUUGGCUAUUCUGUUUGUUUGUGGGAAUGUAGCAUUCUUUUCAGUUGGAUUAGGCCCUGUGUGCUGGGUUUUGACAUCAGAAAUCUUCCCUUUACGUGUGCGUGCUCAAGCAUCAGCACUUGGAGCUGUGGCUAAUAGAGUCUGCAGUGGCCUUGUUGCCAUGUCUUUCUUGUCUAUAUCUGAUGCAAUUACAGUUGCUGGAACAUUCUUUCUGUUUGCUGCUAUUUCUUCUCUUGCCAUUGUCUUUGUCUUCACACUAGUUCCGGAAACCAAAGGGAAGUCAUUGGAGCAGAUAGAGAUGAUGUUUCAGAAUGAGUAUGAGAGUCAAGGGAAAGAAAUGGAGCAAGGAGAUGUUGAACAACUUGUGCAGAACAAACCUGGUUUAACAAAUUAAUUGAUUGUGACUCUGGGGGAUUUGUUAUGGUUUAACAAAUUAUUGAUUGUUACUCUGGGGGAUUUGUUAUUCCAUAGUUACACAUAUUUCACUAGUUAUGUCUAAGGCACUAUCCAUCCUACACAUGUGAUUCUGGGGAGGAUUUUUUUGGAUUGAUACAAUCUUCUGCGACCCUAAAAAUCUGAGAUCUGUGAGUAAGGGACAUAAGAAAACAUGAAGACAAAUUGCAUUCAUAUUGUAUACGCAAACUUUUACUAGUUGUACAAUUAUUCUUAUUUCUUUCUUUCUUUCUUUCUUUUUCUUACAUUUAAGUCAAUGACAACAUGGUAUAUGGAAGGAGUUUUUUGUUGGGGAUUAUUGUCUCCAUAUGGUCCUUCGAGAUGUUCUGAGACAAUUUGUUGUACCAUCAUUACAAUGUACUCCAUGAGAUGUAAUUAAGAUGAAAAAUUCUU